AAGAAGCAGUCCCCUCUCAAGCUGUUGCAAAAUGCAAUGCGCUGUGCCGCUGCGUGUGAAGCAACGCAUUAAGCGCAAUUGUGCCUUGCCUGUUGGACUCUGUCUCGGUGUGGGGCUGUGGAGUCACAAUUUCGCAGCCACUGCCACUCGUACGGCAAGCAACAUGAUAGAUGUGGUCAUCAUUGGGGCUGGCAUUUCUGGCAUCUCCUGUGCAAAACAUCUCCACGCCAGUGAUCGAAGUGGACAGCUUCGUAUCAAGAUCGUUGAAGCCGCACCGCGAGCAGGUGGGCGCGCCAAGACGCUUGAGCAAAAUGGCUCGACGAUUGAGCUGGGCGCAUCUUGGGUGCAUGGUGAGAAGGGGAAUGCCAUUUACGAUUAUGCCUCGACGAAGGACCUGCUUCUUCCGGACAGUUGGAUGUCUGACCCUGACUGGAGGUGGGAAGAUAGACCUCUCCGGCACAUGUGUGGCUUAGAGGCUUCCGAUGCUGAGAAGAAGGUUUUCGCUGAAGUGGAGCAGGCGUUUGAUGCUUUUUUGGAUAAGGCCUCACUAAUGGAUGAACCUGGCGAGAAGUCCUUGGGCAACUUGCUGGAUGAAAAGUUCCAUGAGUGGGCCAAACGCAAAGAACAUGAUGCCAGAAUGAUGCAAGCAGCGUUUGAGUUCAAGAAACGGGAAUUCAUCUCUGGCAUCGGGAGUCUUGACCUCUACACAGCCAGUCUGGCGGGAUAUGUGCAAGCAGAGGAUGUGGGCCCGGAGUGUGUGCCUUUGCGUCGUGGCUACUCUUCCAUUGUUCAGGCCUUGCUGCAGGAAAUCCCGGACUCAGAGAUUGUGUAUGGUUCUGGCGUCAAAGAGGUGAAGAACCGUGAUGACCAUGUGGAAGUCUUCUUGGAGAGUGGCAGCGCAAUUGUGGCGCGGGCGGCAGUUGUCACUGUUUCCUUGGGUGUAUUGAAAUCUGGAGAUCUGAGGUUCACACCAAAGUUGCCAGAGGAAAAACUUGAAGCCAUACGUAAAACUGGGUUUGGCCACAUUGAGAAGUGCAUUUUGAAGUUUGACGCGGACACUUGGGAGGACCUGAAGCAAGGAUUCCACUGCCUGUGGCCACCAGAGGGGGAUGCAUUUCGGCCUGCGUUGUUGCGCAAUUGGGAGCAGAGUGUCUUUGCUUUCUAUCCCAAUCAGCCGCGCUCAAGUCAGUCUUUGGUGGCAUGGAUUGUUGCGGAGGGCUUUGCUGACGUGUCAGCGCCCACAAAAGUGUUGGACUUGCUACGCCGAUGCUUGGGUCGUCAAGUUCCUGAUCCCGUGGCGUCUUUCUUGACAGAUUGGGGCGCAAAUCGGCGCUUUCGUGGUUCGUAUUCCUAUUUGUCAACUGGCCAAACCCCAGAUGCCUUCAGUCUGCUUGGCAGACCUUUUGGAAGAGUGUUCUUUGCUGGAGAGCAUACGCAUCCAACCUACUUUGGGACGGCGCAUGGAGCGUAUGAGAGUGGGGCGAGGUGUGCGUCGGAGGUCAUGCAGACGCUUGAGAAGCCUGCUCCUUGAAGAUUGAACACGAUAGGGGCCGCGAAUUGCCGCUAGUAACAAGUGCCACGCUAGUAGUAACAGGUGCCUUACUAGUAGUAACAAGAAGCUACUAGGAACAAGUGCCACGCUAGUAGUAACAGGUGCCUUACUAGUAGUAACAAGAAUGCCACGCUAGUAGUGCCUUACUUCUAGAUGGUUUUUUGUCGGCUUCGGCUCCGUGGAAAUGGCUGCUCGUACUAGUAGUAUUCCAGCAGCGCCGAUCUUUCGCAAGGUCGAAAA